AUGCAACUUGAGCCCCCUGACGAGGAUUUACCUGCCAUCCAGGUGUCUUUGAGCGAAUUUGUCUCAGCUGCAGAACGGAUGUUCGCGCCAGACCAACUAGAGAAUUUUCUUCGCUUUGUGCUGGCUGGACGCCUCCAAAGCCACAAUAAGCUCGCUCGGAUAUUUUUAAAUGCAAGACAAGGAGCACUUGCGCCUCCCACUUCUGAAUUCCAAGUGUACAGAGACAUCGACUCUGUUAUAGGCAUUACAUGGGAUUUACCAUUCCAAUUACCUAUGGCUAUCUUUCCCUUGGCAUCAUUCCGCGAUACCCUUACUGAAGACAACCAUUUAAAAUGCCCUCUAUCUUGUCCCAAGUGCCUUCACCAGGAUGUCAUAGGCGUCUCACUUCACCGAAUUCCUAACAUGGCGUUGGGGAAAGUCGAUCGACGUCAUAUCACGCGUAUCUUCUUCCCUGGAUUGUAUUGCAAAGGUCAAAAUCCGGCCAUUCCUCCAGAGACAAUGACUUUGAUCUAUGAAAAGUGCCUUCGGCCUGCUGUUGUCAGUCUCAACCCUGUCGAUCGGAGCCGAUGGCCAAUCACAUAUUCAAAUGCCAUGGAUUUGGCUCGUGAUCAGAAGGGGCAAUUUCACUUUGGCACUGUCGAUUUCCCAUCUAACCUCCUGAACCAGCUGGGGCCUAAACUUCGGGAAAUGUUUCAGAUGCAAGAUGGGCUACAGGAUGUAUUUUUUGUUCACGAGCUGCGAGGAACAAAAGGUGCAUCUCACCAUGAUCCAUGUGAUGCAGGAGCAAGACGUGCUGCUCUUGAUACCGUAUUUCAUUUUUUUGACAUGUCACUUGUCAGGCCAGAGGACUGGGUGGUGGAUAUUGGACUUGAAAUCCAACAUGAAGGCCAUAUAUUACAGUGGCUUACCAAAGGCCAUCUUCAAUAUCAAAUUGUUAGCCAUGCCGAUUGGGAUAACCUGGUAUUCAAACGCUACUUUCCAGCCAAAGGAGCCUUGACAGCCAAGGCUCUUCAGCAAUUUCCAUCAGCCUCAUACUAUCGGCAAUGGAAAGCUCUUAUGGAUGGGAAUGAUAAAGAUGAAGCGGAGAUCAUUCAGAACCACCGCUUGAUGCCAUGGUUUGAAAAACUGUACUGGGUACCCCAUCCUGCAAGCGACCGUAUGUGGUCUACAAAAAAAGGUGGUAAGGAAUGGAUAAUGCUGCCUCCUGGAGAGCCGAGGAAUUGCCCACGCCUAGCAGUCAAUCCAAGAUUUAUUGGCCAGGACGCAGCUGUAGUGCUGGUUGCAGGAACUUCUUAA